GACUGCCUAGCCAUUUACGUCAACGACAGCCGUCGUUUGUCCGUCAGUCAAAUUUUAUUUUCUACAUCCAAUUUAUUGAAAUGUUGUUUAAAAUUGCUUGACUGUAGAAACAAUCUUUAUUACGAUUCUUUUUAAAAAGAAAUUCUAAACAUGAAAAGUAAUCCUGUAACAGAAAAGGAUCCAUUUCGGAAUUCUAUUUUACGACUCCUGGGAUAUGCGGGGAUUGCGGCUCAAUUAUUCAGUUACACUUUGUCAAGAAGGACAGUGGGAAUCUCCCAGACCAUAUCGACGUCUUAUGUUCUAUCCGAUAUUGCCACGAAGACCCUCAAUGGAUAUAGAGUACGAACAGGGAAAUCAGCAAACAGGCGGUUGUCUGAUGGCAUUCAUUGACGCAGCCGUGUGGCAAACGUUUGCUACCUAUAUGAUACCACGUUUUGCAGUGACUGGAGUAACGCGACUUUCCCGAGAAAUACUAACACCGACCUCUCACAGUCACACUCCGCCUUUGAUUGGUCUUUUCACUAUUUUAGUGUUGUCAAAACCUAUAGACAAUACUGUUGAUCUCUUUCUUGAUAGUACACUCAGGAAACUGUAGGUAAUAUCAUUUCCUACGCUUGGACAGAUAAUGAAUUUUUACAAAUUAUUAAUCACAGAUAUCUAAAUAGAUCCCUUCGCUUUUAUUUAAGUAUCAAAAUCGUUUGUAAGUUUGUAAAACAAAGUCAAAAUUAAGUUUUUACCAAAACAUGAAUUUGAUUUUUUUUCAUUUCGUAUUUAUUUCUGAAAGUCUAUCCAGAGACAUAUGACUUAGCGGCGAUAUAUUAAAUUAUAAUAAUAAAUAUUGUAUUAAGGUGAGGGCAUUUUCUCACAAACAUUUUUAUUGAAUAAAUUUAAAAUCUAAAAUUA